CAGGUUUACGGAGUUGAAGUUGAUAUGAGUCAUUUUAAUUUAAUUUUGUGAGUGAAAUUCCUAAGUUUUCUUGUUAGUGCUGUGAUUUAAUAUAAAAAAUGGCUAGUGUGUUCGGUAGAUCAGAUCGAGGGUUCUCAAUUGAUGAUGCUUUCGAAGAGGAUAACGAUGAAUUGAUUAAAGUAUAUGGCUCAACCACAGAGAGGUCUCCUUUGAAACCUAAAAACAGGAAUGUUAUUUCGGACGAUGAAAUUCUAGUUGCCAUUGAUGACCCAUCAACUCAUUCUCAAUACACUAAUCUUGGUGCUCAUUCAUACGCGGGCAUGCCCUCGCAACAAAUGAAAUCAAAAUAUGCAGACGAUGCACUAUCCAGAGACAGUGACUCUUUGUUCUAUGACAAUCACUCAGCAACGGGCAUCUUUGAUCCCAAUCAAUGGUGCUGCAUGCAUCCUAAGGUCAAAGAAAAUUGGAAAAUAGUAUUAGCUGCAGUAAUGUUAUUAAUAGUUGGAAUAGGUCUGUUAUUAACAGGAUUAGUUGUAUCAUUUCUACCUUCAUCGAAUUUACAAGGUUUUGUAUUUUACAUCGCUGGCCUGAUCUGUUUUAUACCUGGUGCGUAUCAUGUUGUCUAUAUCUACCUAGCUGUCAAAGGUUGCAAAGGUUAUGAUUUCUAUCAUUUACCGUUGUUCAAUUAGAUCUUGUGUUCCAAAAUAAAUGAUGUUGAGCGACUGAGGAUAGUUACUAAUUUUAAGAAAUAUCGAAUAUAGUUUGAGCUUUUGAUGCUUUUCAGUUUAUUUUAUACUAAUAUGUACUUGUAAAGUUUCUUCUUUUAGUUGUAUCCAUUGUGAGCAAGAUCUUUUUUUCACUUUCAAAAGUAAGUAAAAGCAAGAAUCAUGCUGAUUAGGCCUCAUAAAGGUCGGAAGAUUUAUUUGUCCUUAAAAUUCAGUUCCUUUCUGAAUUGAAGGAAUGUUUGUCAAAAUUCAUUUAAAUAGACUCUGUACUUUAAGUUUUAUUCUGUAGUUUAUCUUUUGCAGAUAAUUUUUUUUGUUAAAGCUGGAAAGAUGCUGUUGUUUCUGGCAGUAUUUAUAGUGGAUCUUGAAUUCAUCUUAAUCGUUCAAAAAGCCCCUUUUCAUUCACAACAAAAUUGGAAAAAUGAAAGUGAAAAAGAAACAAAUGAUAAAGGUUUUACCUUUUCUACUUUACCUUCACUUACAGAAAAGUGUCAUUACAAGUAAAACUGGAUAAUAUUUCAAAUUCACGAGUUUCUAACCACCUUUUUUGAACCCGAAAGCUAUCUUUAAGUUGAAUAUAUAUCAACACUCUAUCAGAAUAUUGUGUUCAUCAUAGAAAAUCAUAAUCAGUAAUUUUACCCAUUCCUAGGGAAAUUUUUCCUUGUGAACAAAAGGAGUACGAUUGCCUUACCUUCUAUCCUUUCAAAUUUAAAAUACUUGUCACAUAAUGACCCUACGUCAUUUUAUGAAGAAUGUGUAUAAGUGAAAAGUAAAAUCUAGAUACUUACUCGGAAACGUCGAAAAAUUCGUUAUCAAAUGGUACAACUGACUGAGAGGACCAAAUGUAAGAAACAAUGGUGAUCGCUAUAUACCUAGUUUCCUCUUGCUGAUUACUCUAUUCUAGGGGAGUCUAUUUUGAGAAGAGAAGCAGGAAUGCAGAAUAUCUGGAAUCGCUAGUCAAGUUUGGAAAGGCUGGGAAAACUUAAUUAACCUCAGCCUUUUCAUUGAAGUUCCAAAAUUGUCGGUUUUUUUUUGCCUAUUGUUGGACUUUUCUUAAAUUUCUGAGUAGAGAAAAUAAAGGAUUUUUAUCUUAGAAUCUCAAAGAAAUUAGAGGGAUGAUAUUUUCUGCAUUCCUGAUUCUUACCUAAAUACCAUGUCAACUUCCCAGUCGAUUAUUUUGUCUUCACCCUUCUAUUCUACUCAGUAAGUUAAAAUGGUAUCAAUGAAGGAAUUGAUAGCUUUGUUCAUGCAAGCAAAUUUUCCAUGACCUUUGUUAAUAUCUAAAAUAUUUUGACAAGAUUCAGUUUACUUCUCAAUAACUGAGUAUUUCACCAGUUUCGUCAUUACUUGCGCAGAGGAAGUUUUUUUAGCGAAAAACUCUUUGCAAGUUGUGAAUUUUGCUUGCUCAAUUUUUUUUAAUAUUGGUUUUUUCUUCAUUUUCUUUUAUUUGUAGUCUUUUCUAUGUAACUUAGAGCAAAGGCUGUAUUUUGCCUUCUAUCUAGUUUAUUCUAUUAGGUAUUUAAUACUUAAUAUUUUGGUUUUGAAAAGAAUUGUUCCCUAAGCCUCCUUUCCUCAAACCUAUCUCUUCUUGUUUUCGGAGACUUAUUUCACUUUUUUUCAUGUAUAUAAUUUUAAUUGACAAUAGGAAUUUGUCUAGAUGGCCCCAGACAUAUUUCACAAAGAUUGGUGUCUUUUAAAAUUUCUAGAAGACCUUGAGUUUUUUCUCUAUCACUACUUUUGCUCUAAAUUAAAAUAGGUUCGAAAAUGUGCACAUAGGGCACCCCCUUUUUCCCUUUUUUAAUUUUGUUUUUGUAUCAAACGAUCUUGUGAGUGAAUGUGCCAUGAGCAGUCUUCUCCAAACUUUAUUCACUCAUGAACGAACAUACUUAAAAAAUUUGAUCAUAUCUGCCUAUCUGUGAACAUUUUAAAUAUCCUUGUUUGUGCAUAUCGAAAACACAAUUAUUCGGCUAACUUUUGCCUGUUUAUGCAGCUUGUGUAAUUUUAUGAAAUCACCAAUUUUUUUAACCGAAGAUUUGUUAAAAAAUGUUUCUGCCUCUUUCCAACCAAGAAGUUAUACCUUCAUCAAACUGAAUUUAAAGUUGAAAUCUUUAACAUGAUUUGUAUCGUGGACUAACUUGUAGAGAAAAAGAUAACAUUUCUAUGAGAGUGAGUGUCAAGAAAUAAAGGCUUGCAUUUUGAGCCAAGAUUUCAGAAGUCAAAUAUUUGUGAAAAAAAUUGAUGCUGAUAAAGUUUUUGAAAGUAGAUCUUUAUAUAGGUCAAUUAGCAAAGAAUUAAAGAUAACAAUUUUUCUUUUUCUUCUCCUCUCCUAAUUUAACUCAGAAACUUAAUUUUUCUGCUGUAUGUACUUACGAAAGCAGAACUCCAAGCGAGCCCCGGAAUUUUAAGGCAGUUCAAAGCUUUCGAAAUUUAAACUAGUUUAAAAUUAAAGAACCAUAUCAAUAAAGAAAAAAAAUUGUCUUGCUGUAUAAAAUUGGUGAUAACCUGUGGGGUUUUGCAUGUUUUUUCCUCUUGACUUGUAGCCUCUCAAAAAAGAUUCUUCUGUUGAUAAUACACAUUUCUACAUAAGUUCCUGUGCUAGCUCUAAAAAAACUCACGAGAAAAUCCAGCUUUUGAAUGAAGAAGGCAACUUUUGAUUGUAUUAUAAUCACGAUAAUUAACCCUCUCUGUUGUAUGUAGUUUUAUUUUUUGCAGAUUAUUUUCUUUGUAUUUCUUAAAUUUUAAUUUUUCAUAGUCAUCUACGAAACUUACAUGUACAAGCAAAGCUCUUGGACUUACAUUUCUGUAGCGUUUGUAACACAGUAUCUGAACCGAUAAAAUGGGGAAGAAGCAUGAGCAACCUUAUUAACACUCAAAGCACUGAAAAUUAAGUAUUUUGUCGCAGAUUAGCAUAAGUCUUUCACUUUUCUCACUAGAAGCAAGAAAUUUGCAUAAAGAAUACUUUGCUCAUCAGCACUAUGGAGGAGUCUAAUGAGAAUCAAAGAUUGAAUUGAAUAUUUCAGUUUGAAUCAGAUUUAAGGUAUCUAAUUUCUAAACCAAAAAAUACUUAACAUUAUUUCUAAUCAGUUACCCUUCUAUAAAUCAAAUAUUGUAUUUUCGGAAUGUAAUUCUGUCCAGGGUACUUAUUUUUGUACCCACCUUGAAUUUGAAUUGAACUUGGGUUUUAGAUAUUGAUUCGUUUAAGCGUUAUAUUCUUGAAAUACUUCUUCAUCUUCCUUUCUUUUUCAUUUAUGAUUGUCUUCUCUUCAUCUACUCUUUUUGAAUGUCAUGUUUGGCUCCAGAUUGUAAGUGAAAUUUCUUUUCCCAGCCCAAGCACCUAGUUCCAAUUGAAAAUGCAAGCCUGCUCCCAAAUUUUAGCUUGAACAUUUAAACUUUAAGUUAAAUUAUUACUUGAACUAUAGCGGAACAAAGCCCAUAAUUGCACAUGUCUACCUAAUAUUUCUGGGAGGUCAUCGCAGAUUUUUAGCGCAUUAUUUAAUGGAGCACAUGCAUGUACUGUUCAGUGCAAGAUAAUAUAAUUUUUUUCUUUCUAAUAUUUCCCAUUUUAAUUUUCUGUCUUCAGAGCGAGAAAAUGAUAAGAUUUCUCCAUGCAAUGAAACUAUUGUUUUCUUGAUGUGCAGCUCAGAGUAUGUGAUAAUGUUGAAAGUAAUGCAUGAAAAAAUUUGUAAUUUUAGAAUUAACUUUUUUUUUUUCUUUCUUCUUUUUCUUCUCUUCGUCUGUCAACAAAUCAUCAAAAUGCAUCACAUCAAUCUUUGUGAUGACAACUAAAAGAUUAGUCUAGGCCUCAAACCAAUGAGCCAUCAUUGUGGUCUAGAAAAUCUAGAGAAAUAAUGUAUUUAACAAUAAUAAUUAAGAUUUCUUGAAAAUUAGGCAAAGGUGGGUCGCCUGAAACACUUUAUCAGCCUAAAGUUUUGUUUUUGACAGCUGCGUUCAUCUUAAAUUUCCGUUUUCUCCUGCUCUGUAACCAAUUUUUUGGUAUUUUUUUGUUUAUUACUUUUAAUACACCCAUAUUCAUUGAUUCUAGUCAUGUUCGUCAUGUAGGUUACGGACUUAAAAUCAUUUUGUACCUUCACUUUUGUAUUUGUUGGUUGAUUACUUAUCACAUUGAAUACUGAAAAGAAGAUAAUAGGCAACCAAUGUGGAUUCCUUAUCCUUUUUCUCCCCUCCCGCAAUUGCUGUACAUUUUCUUUUAAUUUUGACUUUCCCGUAUCCCCAAUCGCCUCUCUCCCUCUCUCAAAAUUGUUCAGGGGACUAUUUAAUGUGGAGCUCAACGAAAACUUGUCUUGAUAAAUGCGUCAUCUCUUACAGCACUGUGAAAUUCACAAGAUUCAUUGGGUAAAAUCUGAAUAUUUAUUAAUUUAAUUUUAGUAAACAUUUUAUGAUGCCACCAACAAUUUCACAUGAUAUAUUACUUACAGUCCAAGCAAAAAUUGAGAUGUAUUGAUGAAAAAAUGAAGAGGCUGCCAUAUGUUGAUGCUGAGAUAAACUAGUCCCAAUGAACAAUUGCAGUUGUCUUCCUGAUCGGUCAAACUAUUUUUGCACCAAACAGCAUAUCUUUACAAUUAGAAAUUGUGUUUCUCCCCUUCUCUCCAAAGAAUCUUUAUUAGUUGUGUCUAUGACAGGUCAGCGUAUUGUCUACCAGCUCUCAGUUUGAGGGAGAGGAUGAGUUUCAACUUAAGUAAAAAAUGUCCUAAUUUUUAUCGUCCAAAACCCCUCCUACUUUGCCCAAUCACUCCAUCAUUUUCCAUAACGUAGGCAAAAAGUCUUAGCGAGGAUUGUACCACCAACAUUUUGUAAAUCUUGUAUGGGGAUAACUUAAUUCAUGGAAACCAAUGAAGCAAAGUUCUUUACCACUGUUCGAUGUGGUCGUUAUUUUUGUAGACCGUGUAAAAAAGUUGUGCAAAUAUUUGUUAAUAGCUAUAAUGAGAGAUUUUGUUAUCUGUUGUAAGAAAAACUGUCCAACUCUACUAUAAAUGCUUUGUGUAAAAAAUAAACUCAUUUUGUAUCUGUC